AUGGUGGCCAGGUGGCUCAGGCGGUUGCGCCCGGACCUGGCCAGGGCCCACCGUUCUCUGCCGGUCCCCCCGAAGGGCUUGGCUAGGGGCCUUUCUGUCCAGAGCCCCCGGCCCUUCAAGGACAUCCCCUCACCUGGGGAGAAUGGUUGGCUCAACCUGUACCAGCUGUGGAGGGCCGGCGGCACCAGCCAGCUACACCACCACCAGAUGCAAUGCUUCCAGAGGCUUGGGCCCAUCUACAGGGAGAAGCUGGGCACCAUGGACUCUGUGUACAUCACGGACCCCCAGGACGUGGCCCUGCUCUUCAGGUCUGAGGGCCAGCACCCCGAGCGCUACGUCAUCCCAGCCUGGCUGGCCUACCACGAGCAACACCAGCGGCCUCUCGGGGUGCUCCUCAAGAGUGCGGAUGCCUGGAGGAGGGACCGGCUGGCCCUGAACCCAGAGGUGAUGCUCCCCCAGACAGUGGCCAGCUUCCUGCCACUGCUGGAGCCAGUGGCCAGGGACUUUGUGGCGCUGCUGAAGAGACGCGUGGAGCAGGGCGGCGGCCACUUCUCGGGGGACAUCAGCGGGGACCUGUUCCGCUUUGCCUUUGAGUCCAUCAGCCACGUGAUGUUCGGGGAGCGUAUGGGGAUGCUGGAGGAGCAGGUGGACCCCGAGUCCCAGCGCUUCAUUGACGCCGUCUACCAGAUGUUCCACACCAGUGUGCCGCUGCUCAACCUGCCGCCCAGCCUCUUCUGGCUGCUGCGCACACGGACCUGGCGGGACCAUAAGGCUGCCUGGGAUGUCAUCUUCUCUAAAGCUGAGGAGUAUACACAGAGCUUCUACCGGGGCCCCCGCCAGCAAGCUGGGCGCGAGCACCCCCAGCCUGGCAUCCUGUACCGUCUGCUCCAGGGCAAUGCCAUCCCCUUCCAGGACAUCCAGGCCAAUGUCACAGAGCUGCUGGCUGGAGGCGUGGACACGACCUCCAUGACGCUGCAGUGGCACCUGUAUGAGAUGGGCCGGUGCCUGCGGGUGCAGGAGCAGCUGAGGGCCGAGGUGCUGGAGGCACGAAGGCAGGCGCAGGGGGACACGGCGCACAUCUUGCAGCUGGUGCCUCUGCUCAAGGCCAGCAUCAAGGAGACACUGAGGCUGCACCCCAUCGCCACCACGCUGCAGCGGUACCUGGAGAAUGACCUGGUCCUUAGGGACUUCCUCAUCCCAGCUAAGAUGCUGGUGCAGGUGGGCCUGUUUGCCAUGGGCCGGGACCCCGCCUACUUCCACAAGCCUGAGGCCUUCCUGCCCGAGCGCUGGCAGCAGGCUGACCGAGGACAGCUCAAUUUCCGUAGCCUCAGCUUCGGCUGGGGCCUGCGCCAAUGCCUGGGCCGCCGGCUGGCCGAGCAGGAGAUUCUGCUUUGUCUUGUCCAUAUCCUGGAGAACUUUCGGGUGGAGAUUGAGCGGCUGGAGGACGUGCAGACCAAGUUCCAGCUGCUCCUGGUGCCUGAGAAGCCUAUCCAUCUCACCUUCCGGCCCCUCCACCAGGAAGGGCUCGGGGAGCCCCUGGCCGGGCAGGCCCUGCAGCCACUCAGCCAGGAUGCCUCCGCCAGGUGAGGUCGGCAAAGCCUGGCCCUCCUGGCACUGAUGGCCUGCAGGGGUGCUGCCUGGCGCCAGGCGGGGGCACCUCGACCACCCCCCCCCCCCAAUAAACGACUCUGCCCUGCU